GCGUCAUCCGGGUCGAGUUUUCCGUAGCCACGUUCUUGAAGGCGAGUGGGACUGUCCCCAAACAACACAUAGGGGUGCUUUGCGGUGUGAAAAGAAAACAAUUCCGAGCUUUGCAGCAGCCUACUAGUGUCGGGUUGUCAGGUGUGAAACUAUUGGGCUAUCUCGCAGAUCUAGUCAUCCAUGUGCGGUGUGAAUCAAGUGGUCCCAGUAGGCCGGAACAAAGCGGCUCAAUGAUUGAUUGGCGUGGAGAAAUUUUUGGUACCACUUUUGACAGUUCGCCAGGGUUCGAAAUACUCUAGCGGCGACCGUGAAACCGAGGGGGAAUGUGUGUUGGGGUGUAAGUGUUUGUUGACAGCCACCGUUUAGAGUUCUGCAGAUUGCGGUGCGAAUUCCACAGCUGGUGGGCUUUGGCGGGGGAAGAAGGAAGAUGAAUGAUUGGUGCACCAUAGCAGAAGGACCGCACACUGCAGCAAACGGAAAAGGAUAAAUCACAGAGCCGAAAGUGCAUCUCGUUGGCUGUUUUGUUUGUGGGCAUUGUUGGAUGCUGAAUAGAUGAUGGUUUUCACGUGCGCUCUGUUUUGUGGUGGUGAUGAUUAUGAUGAUUCAUGAAUAAAGUGCUUGGGAGUUUGGGAGGAACAACAGAGAAUUUAAAACGAAUGUGCAAAAUGUCCUUGAGAGAGGCCUAAAUGGAAGCAGUUGGAUUGGAAAUAAGAGAAAGUUAUCAUAUGGAAGUUUUAAUUUAAAUACGUUCCGACGAAAUUGUCCAUUGAAAACAUAAUUCUGCAGCGGGAAUUGUGCUAAAUUCCAAGAAAAGUGAUGAUACAAAUCAGUGCCAUCAAGUCGAUUAGUAAACGUGUGCAACGUACAAGUGCAAGCGAAUGAAGGAUUAUCGGCGGUGAAGACAAAGUUUGAAUGAAUAUUUUAAUUGGAUCAACACCAGGGCAAGGAUUACAGUUCACUUUGUUACAUAAUCCGUAUCACCUAGCAUCGUCAUCAUCAGUGCAUCAGUGAGUGACGAGUACGACGGAAGGAUCCACUGCUAGCGAGCGGAACGAAGUGCAUACAAUAGAAGAAGUUCAGUCGAGUAAAAAGACACCAAGCGGCGUCCUAUAAAAUUCAAAUUAAUCAUAACCCCUAUUGUAACAGGAAUAAUAGCUACAUACAUAUACGCAUCAAUAUAUCUACGUAUAGUUAAAUCUACGAAGCUUAGCUACUCUUCAGUGUUGGAUGUUUGUGCUGCUGAUCGAGCAAUAGUUAAUUAGAUACUAGAUUUCCAUUGACCUGUCGCAUUAUUCAACUUGACUCAUGCUUAGUGAAUCGUAAAUCUACAAAAACUCGUCUACUGCUCUGUAAAAUCAACAACACGGCCAAUGUCGUUUUUAAUUACAGCAAAAUCAAAGCAACUGUAAAUAAGUUUGCAAAAAAUACAAACCACAUUGCUUCCCCAAGCUGAAAAAAAGUUUAACAAACGAACAAAUUCAUUCCGUCAGAUCGUUAAAAAAAUAUACACAAGCAAAAACAGCCGUGGUGAAUAAUCUAAAAACCAGACCGUAAAAAAAACGAAUUUGUCAACAGGCCAUCAAAUCAACCAGAUUGAAUGCAAUAAAACAAUAACUCCGGCAACGAGUCCUUUCUGUGCCAUCAUCUGGCGGCGAAAUGAAACCGUUCCAACCCUUUCGCUUCGAAUAGGCACCGCUUCGGUCGUUCCCGAGGGGGAAACCGUCUCUUCCGGCCAUUACAAUUUCUAUGCAAACCAGCUGCGCCACGUCCGCUGGCGAACAGCGGAGGCUAGUCAGCGAUGUCCAAGUGAGAAAGUGAGGAACGUUGCAGUGCAGUGGUAUUCGAACAUUGCCCCCGCCAUCAACCGAGUGCUUCCAGAAGCUCAAUUUGAAGGAAUAAAAAUAAAAGUGCUAGAAAUUUAACGUCUUUGGCUCUUACGAAUCUGCAGAAGGUGCGAGAAAACGUGCCACCGGUGUGACUUGUAAAGGAAUGUAACAAUAAAAGGCUUUCCAUCGUAAUUGCUAAAUUGUUGUCGUCGUCUCCGUCGCUAUCGCCGGGCUUCUCCAAGGGUGAGUCGGCGUUCCUCGUCGUGUAAAUAAAUGUUUCCGUUCGUCGGGCCAUUGUUGCCGCAGAAUUUCACCUCAACGCCGUUACAGUGCAAAGAAACCUGGGUCACCUAUCGGCAGAAAUAAAGACAAAAGAAGUCGCACAAUACGAGCACAGGUCGUCGGCCGCGAAAGACGCCAAGGCAUCCAAAAAAUGAGCCAAUAAAAUAAAAUUGAACGGUCUUGCUCUACCCGGAGAAGGGCAUCAAGUCAACGCGCGCGCCAGGAUCGCAUACGUAGUGGAAAUUACUGGCCAUAUAACGGAAAGGAGUGCUUGGCCUGGCUUUUAUGAAAAAUUGACGGGCCGCUGCAUCCUUCCGGUGUCGCGUCUACCAGCAGGGAGACCAGGCGGACCACCCACACGAGGACCCACCACCACAACGGGAGAUACAUCAGGACGUCGGUCCUCAAAAUAGCGAGCAAUGUCCACGUUGAAUCAGCACAACAAUAUGUGCCACUCCAAUUUAAUAUUCAUCAUACUUUUUAUUUUUAACGAUUACGUCACAGGAGACAUCAGUACGUCCUUAGCGUUAAACAAGCUCAACUCCGGUGGAACGUUUUUCGCCGGACCAUACCUGGACGGGAGCGGAGUCAGUAACGUGACCACACAGAUAGGAACACAUGCAUAUCUGCCGUGCAAGGUGAAACAGCUGGGGAACAAGUCGGUAUCAUGGGUACGAGUGAGAGACGACCACAUCCUAACCGUAGACAGAAUGACAUUUAUAGCCGACGAACGUUUUCAAUCAUUCUACGUGGAGAACAGCGGCGUUUGGACGCUGCAGAUCAAGUACGUUCAGGCACGUGAUGCCGGAAUAUACGAGUGCCAGGUGUCGACAGAGCCAAAAAUAAGUGCCAGAGUACAUCUGCACGUUGUUGUGCCAAGAACCGAGCUUAUUGGAGAUUCCGACCGGUACGUGAAGGCAGGGAGUGCCGUCAUAUUGCGCUGCGUCGUCCGCGGUGCCCUGGAGCCGCCAUCCUACAUUAUUUGGUAUCACGGCACCCAGCAGAUUUUCACCGAAAACAGACGAGGCUGGAAAACGCAGCUGGAGCGUGGUGCACCGGACCUCGAUGGUGACAUUCACAGCACUAUUGGCUCAUUGAUCAUCGAGUCGACAAGGAAAAAAGAUUCCGGAAACUACUCGUGCAGCCCGUCGAACAGUCCACCGAUCACCGUUUCGCUGCAUGUCAUCAAUGGUGAAUCCUCCGCAUCUGCAGUAACGUCGUCGGCCGGAUCGCUGUUCGAUGACAGUAUAUCAAUGGUUAAGCAGAGGAAUAUCCAUAUUUUACUGCAGCAUAGGUCAUUUGUUAUGUUACUCGUUUUGGUUAUCUACGCUCAGCUAAGCUGUCGCAUGUACUAGUUAAGAGAAUUUAUCUAAGUUAAUAAAUUUGAAAAUCAUAUACAACAACAUACCAAGCAGCAAAAGAGUCGCAGACACGGGACGAGACACGCGUUCAGCCACCACCCGGCACGUGUACAGAGGUGAGAUUCGGUACGAACCUGGACAUUUGCUCACAAACGUACAUCGACUGAGAUAUUUCAAACUACUGUAGAAAAAAAAACGAAUGAAGCGUGAGAAAAAAAAACUGUUCCCUUCGCGCAUCGUCAUCAUCCAUCGCGGUUUUUUGGCAGCGAAAAACAGAACAAAUGAAUCACAUUUGAGUAAGAAACAUGCCGAUAUGUAAAAAAAAUGAAACACACCUAGAGUUUAGAUGCAUCCCAAAUUCUAGAAAAAAUGUAAAAAAAAACGAAAUCAAACGACGCAAGCCAGCUGGUAAUUCAUGUUAUCGAAGUAGGCCCGGUGGCAACGCUUCCAGCUGCAUGCGUUAGCCUGCUUCUAUUACAGGAUCGCAGUGCACAGUGGGUAGGUAAAGGUACAAAAAGGUAAACAGCAGAGAUGUUGGAAACUAUCCCUCAAGAGUGUGUAGAGACUUCAAGAGUGUCUCCAAAUAGGAAUGGUGUCAAAAAUGCAUUCGUCGCAUUUCGUUUUUCGAAUUUUUCGUUUUUCGAAAAAUUUUCGCAGCACCCACCAUCGCCUUCUGCUGCCAUCGCCAUUGCUGCGAUAGAAAAAUUGAGAUUGGUUGGUUCUGAAAUUUUAACUGAGUUUGGCAAGAUUAGAUAUUAUUAAUAGUUUAUCGUAAAUAAUUAAAACUGUCAACGAAAUUGGGAAAUUGGUGGAGAGUUUCCGGGCGGAUUGAUAUAAAAAUCUCAAAAAUCCAUGAAAAGAAAAGGCUCUAUUAACGUUAAAAAUCUUGCAUAUUUUCUUGGCAGCCUCUAAUUUUAGAUUCUGAUUUGGCACUUAGUACCUAUGGGUGAGAAGUUGUCCAACGUCAAAAACAAAACAAAAACUCCGGUGUAAGACUCCGCAUGAUUGGAAGAUUGUAUAAUGGAGAUUCUCACAUCCGAAUGUGUGAGUGACCGAUAAAAGGAAAACAAAUACACGUUGGCGGGGAAACUCCACGAAGCUGGGGUGCAAAUGAGUAAAUUUUCAUAUACAUUUUUAAGGCUCCCCCGGACCUAAGCGAUUUCAUCGCCGCGGUUAUAUCGUUGGGUCGCCACAGGCAAUGUUCCAUUUACGCUUCCAUACCAACGGCGACAGAAUCGCAGUCGCCAAGCGAUAGAAUCGUGUUGCGAUUAUAGCGUUGCGUGUGUUCGGGGGA